AUGGCAGUCAAGGAGGAUGUCAAAAAGUUCAACGGCCUCCCUCGGCGACCACGCAUGCCUUCCGGAAACUUUCUGAACGAAUGGCACUUUGAUUUACGAUUUGUUCAUUGCCUGCAGCCCCCUUUACAUAUCCUGUUCUUGCGGAUUUCCCGCCUCACCCGCACACGCCAUGUCUCCAAUGGCUCCAUGGAAACUUACCACAGACGACCCGAAUUCCUGAAAUUGGGAAUUCUAAUUAUGCAUUCAUUUUUGGUAACCUUUGAGGGCAUAAAUCACUCCUUCUGCGGCCCAGGUUCGCCUUCUUCCACAGUCCUUCCUCCGUUUCCUAUCGGAUACAAAGCACUUGAUCCUCUCCCCUUGAUUCCCGACAGUGUUCUACGUCUUGUAAAUCAGGACACCACUGCGCUCGAGCAAGGAAAGAUAAUAGCUUAUGCUCAAUUACGCAUAGGGUGUCGUCCUUGUGAUGCCUCGAAAUAUCUCGGAAGUUCUGCUGCAGAUGAAGAGAUGAAGACUACCAUAGCUUCAGUUGACGACUUACUCAAAUCACAACCUAUGAAUGUCGUGAAGACUAAAGCAAACGGAGGGGACGCAGAAGGUGCACUAGAUUAUGGACUUAGGUUGGUUCUACUCGUGGUUAUCUCAUGUGAUAGAAUGUGCUCGACGAUUCGAUCUGGACUCACGCAUGGAUGCGGGUGCUCGCCCAACCGCUCCCUCACCAGGCAAUACUUAAUGAUGGCUGCAUACAGUUCCAAGGGAUCCGACAUCACAAAGGCAACCGCCCAUGAUGUCCUUGUAGAGUGGUACAGUGUACCUAGCCCGAUGCCUCAACGGUAUCUAUGCGCCGCUACUUGGCAUGCCAACGAGAUCGUGAAACUGUUUCUCAAGCGGCCUUCACCGAUGGCCUUCAAGUUCGCCUUCUAUGUUAUAGAACCUCAGCUGAACACUAUUCCAGACCUCGCUUAUCCAUGCCAGGAAUUACUGGGUGUGAUGAAAAGACGGACAGCUGAAGUUGAGAAGAGCCAAAGUUAA